ACAGGGUUUGUUGGGUGCUGCAUUUUAGGGUUUCUGCCAUAGCUGGACUCUUUGCUUGCUUUUGAUUCAGGAGGAGGAGGAGGAGGAAUAAGAAGAGGAAGAGGAGGGGGUUUCGUCGUCGAAGUUUUGUGCGUGCGUACAGAAUUAGUGCAAUUUUUCACAAUGUAUAAUGGGAUUGGGUUGUCGACGCCGCGAGGAUCCGGUACCAAUGGCUACAUUCAAACGAAUAAGUUCUUCGUGAAGUCGCGCCCCGUGCGGUCGGAGGUGAAGGAGUUUCAGAAUGGUCAGGGUGCAGGCGGAGUGUUGCGCAAAGCGAACAAGGACAUUUUGGAGCAUGAUCGCAAGAGGCGCAUCGAGCUCAAGCUGAUGGAGCUGGAGGACCAGCUGGUGGAUCAGGGUUACCCCGACGAGGAAGUGUUGGAGCGCGUGGAAGCUUUGCGCAAGCGUUUGGAGGCCGCGGAUGCAGAGGAUGGCGAUGAUGCGCCUGCCGGGGCCGAUUCUAAAGUGAACUCAACGCAAAGCCAUCACAUCGCUGCGCAAAAAGAGAAGCAAUUGGAAACAAUGAGAGAUGCUCUAGGGUUGAAGGAGGUUAAGGAGGGUGAGGCUUUUGAUCGAGAUUUGCAAGAACAGAAAAAGCAGGAGCGAAUAAUGGCACGGGAAGAAAAAGAUCGAGAGAGGCGUGCGAAGCUGGCUGCCAUUGAGGAGGAAGAAAAGCGACAGAAGAAAGAGCUGCGCCGCCAAGAAAAGCUAAGGCAACGAGAGCAAGAGGAGGAAGAACAUAGGCAGAGAAAACGUGAGCGCAAGGCUCGAAGAGAGCAGGAAGAAGAGGAGCUACGUCAGAAGAGAAAGGAGGCAAGGGAGAAGAGGGAGCAGGAAGAACAGGAGCGCCAUCAUAACAAAAUGAAAUUGAGAGAGGGGAAGGAGCAUGAAGACGAUGAACGACAUGUAAGGGCAAAAGACUUGAAGGAGAAGAGGGAAGCAGAAAAUGAGGAGAAACAUGUGAAGAAGAAUGAGUCGAGAGAGAGGAGGGAGCAUGAAGAAGACACGGAACGACAGGACAGGAAGAAAGAAUCAAGAGAGAUGAGGGAUCACGAAGACGAUGAACGAUAUGAAAGGAGAAAAGAGUCGAGAGAGAUGAGGGAGCAUGAAGACAGCGAACGACAUGAGAGGAGAAAAGAGCCCAGAGAAAAGAGAGAGACAGAAAACAAGGAGCAAUACGUGAAGAGACAAGAGUCGAGGGAAAGAAGGGAACACGAAGACGACAAGGGACAUGGGAGGAGAAAAGAGUCGAGGGAGAAGAAGGAGAAGAGGGAGCACUAGACCCCCCCUUACGUACAUGGGUUCCUCUGACCACUGUUGUGCAUUUUACCCAUGAAGGGAAUUACUGUUUGUUUCACAUAAAAUAUCAAGACUGGAGUUAUUCAGUGCUUCCUGCUUCUUUUACAAGAUUUAGAAAGACAGUUCAGCGCACACAAGGUCAUCUGUAAAGCAGGUAAAGACAAUGUUAGCAUCCGGUCAGAUUAGGAUGAAUCGCAGGUCAGGGUGAUCAAAUUUGUGUGUUCAGCUGCAUCAGCUUGGCAUUCUUCUUGAGACGCUUCGGCCUGAAAACUUGUAUAUUGUUUCAGCACCUUGUGUCGAAUUGAAGUCCAGUUCUCUAUAAUCGAUAUACGGUCUCCUGCAUUAACUGCU